AUGGAUGGAUAUAAAUUGUGGUACUCGGGUAGUGUGAGACAUAAAAAAAGGGUAGGUAUCUUAGUAGAUAAAGAACUUAGAAAGCAGGUGGUAGAGGUUAAGAUAGUUAGUGAUAGGUUGAUGUCUAUUAAGUUGGUCAUUGGAGGAUCUACGGUGAACGUUAUUAGUGCCUACGCCCCGCAAGUAGGUUUGGACAAUGAGGAGAAGAGAGACUUUUGGGAGGGUUUAGAUAAGGUGGUGAGUAGCAUCACGAGCUCUGAGAAGCUUGUCAUGGGAGGGGAUUUCAAUGGGAAUAUUGGGUCUUUAUUGAGAGGUUAUGAUGAUGUUCAUGGCAGUUUUGGUUUUGGAGAACGGAAUGAAGGAGGAGCUUCUCUCUUGGAUUUUUCUAGGGCUUUUUUGUUGUGGAUAGUGAAUUUGAGCUUUCAGUAG